AGUAAUUGCGCCCAGGCUGGGCUGCAGCGCAGUCCUCGGGGUGUUGAGCAUGGCAGUCCCUACGGCAGUUGUCGGGCCUUCGGCUCUGGGCCAGAGCGGUCCAGGUUCGCUGGCUCCUUGGUGCUCCGUGAGCAGCGGCCCAUCGCGCUACGUGCUCGGGAUGCAGGAACUGUUCCGAGGCCACAGCAAGACGCGCGAGUUUCCGGCGCACAGUGCCAAGGUGCAUUCUGUGGCCUGGAGCUGCGACGGGCGUCGCUUAGCCUCGGGAUCCUUUGACAAGACGGCCAGCGUCUUCUUACUGGAGAAGGACCGGUUGGUCAAAGAAAACAACUAUCGGGGACAUGGGGACAGUGUGGACCAGCUUUGUUGGCAUCCAAGUAAUCCUGAUCUCUUCGUCACUGCAUCUGGAGAUAAAACCAUUCGCAUCUGGGAUGUGAGGACCACAAAAUGCAUUGCCACCGUGAACACUAAAGGGGAGAACAUUAAUAUCUGUUGGAGUCCUGAUGGGCAGACCAUUGCUGUGGGCAACAAGGAUGAUGUGGUGACCUUUAUUGACGCCAAGACACACCGUUCCAAAGCAGAGGAGCAGUUCAAGUUUGAGGUCAACGAAAUCUCCUGGAACAAUGAUAAUAACAUGUUCUUCCUCACAAAUGGCAAUGGUUGUAUCAACAUCCUCAGCUAUCCAGAACUGAAGCCUGUGCAGUCCAUCAAUGCCCAUCCUUCCAACUGCAUCUGUAUCAAGUUUGACCCCAUGGGGAAGUAUUUUGCUACUGGGAGUGCAGAUGCAUUGGUCAGCCUCUGGGAUGUGGAUGAGUUGGUGUGUGUAAGGUGCUUUUCCAGGCUGGAUUGGCCUGUGAGGACCCUCAGUUUUAGCCAUGAUGGGAAGAUGCUGGCGUCAGCGUCUGAAGAUCAUUUCAUAGACAUAGCUGAAGUAGAGACAGGAGACAAGCUAUGGGAGGUGCAGUGUGAGUCCCCGACCUUCACCGUGGCAUGGCACCCCAAAAGGCCUCUGCUGGCAUUUGCCUGUGAUGACAAAGAUGGCAAAUACGACAGCAGCCGGGAAGCUGGGACUGUGAAGCUCUUUGGGCUUCCCAAUGACUCCUGAGAGGAGACCCUGGCCCAGACCUUACUUACUUGGUGUAGUUGGGUCUGUUCUCUUGGACUUGGUGGACACCCUGGAUGUUUGUAAAUUGACAUAAAUUGCAUGAGCCUUCUGUCAGGCCGCCUACUCCAAUUUCCUUCCUGUUUCUUCUACAGUGCUGGGAUCAAACCCAGGGCAGGGUGUGUGCCAGGCAAGCAUUCUACCACCGAGCCACAUCCCCAGCCCCCAUCAGUUAGCUAAUGAGAACUCUGCCCUGUGGUUAAUGACCCCAGCAUAGUUUGUCUUCCAGAUUUUAGAUAUGUGGUAGACUUCGUUGAAC